CCCCUCCCCUCCGCGAAUCUACGUCUGGAACGAUUCAUUUCGACAAUAACCAGCUCUUAAAUGUUUUAUUCGCCCCAAGCAUAUUCUGUUCUUUCUUUUUUUUUUCUUUUUUAUUACCAUGAACCUCGAAGUAUACGCCGGAAUCUCCCUCUACGACAGCGUGCGAAUUGCAUAUUCACCCCGCUCACACCACGAAUUUGCCUUCUAUUUACCCAGUGGCCCAGCGUACGGGAUCGAAAUAUUUCUUUUCUUUUUCUUUUCUUUUCUUUUUUUCUUGUAUCUCUACUUCUUUACAAAUUCUUUUCGCUUGUUUUUCAUUUCGCUAUCUAAAAUAUUCUCUACACCCUUUAUUUUUACCGCCUAUGAAAUUAACUGCAGCGGGGGAACACCGUGUUGGACUGGAUAUUAUCACCAUGGUCCUUGGAUGCAGCAAAUAGCGAACAGGCCGCUACAGGAUACCUAUGUGCUCGAGGCACCGCUACGUAUUAAAACGCCGCAACGCCUGCGGUUAUAGGACGCAAUUAUAGAAUAGCUUUUAGGUGAAAAAUCACGAGGUAAUUGGAGCUCUGAACACGAUAGACGGAUGCGCUUGAUGGUAGGAAGCUAAUUGCGAAGACGUAUGAUGGAAGGGAAACCAAGGAAAGGGAAUAAAUACGAUGGUUAACAAUCGUUCAUCGAUGUAUUGAGAGUGUGGUGAGCC